UGAACUGAAUGAUGAUGCUAUCCAUCUCCCACUUGUAUCAAUCUGUCAGCUAUCCAAAAAAAUUAUAAAUUAAAUUUAAAAUAAUUAUAUUCAUAUUUUGAAAAAAAAUAUAAACAUUUCCAUGAUGAUAUCACAAACUGACAUCAUCAUCAAAAUAAAACACACACACACACACUACUUUGACAUCACAUAAAAAUAAAUAAAAAACUCGAGAAAAUUCGAAACACUAGUCGAGAAAAUUUCAUCAAUAUAAAAAUAUAUAUUAAAAAUAAUUAAAAAUUAAUUAAUAAAAUAUUAUUAAAUUGUUUAUUAGUUAAAUGAUGAAAUAAAAUUAAUAUUUAAUGAUUUUUAUUUGAAUAGAAUAUUGUAGAAUAUGCAACUGGUAGAUUCUCGAAAUUGCUCGAAACAUCGUGAAUACAGUAGAACUCUUCGCUGUGGUGGUGGGAGAAGCAAGUAGUAUAUAAGCUGGGCAACUGACAGAUCCAACAUCAGUUUACAAACAAACAUUGAACAAGUUACAAGUGAAAGAGUUAAAGUGUUUAAAAAUAAAAAAAAAAACAAUCACAAUGCCUGCAAUUGGAAUUGAUUUGGGUACAACAUACUCCUGUGUUGGUGUAUGGCAACAAGGAAAAGUUGAAAUAAUUGCAAACGAUCAAGGCAACAGAACAACACCAUCAUAUGUUGCAUUUACUGAUACUGAACGUAUCAUUGGUGAUGGAGCAAAAAAUCAAGUGGCAAUGAAUCCAUCAAAUACAGUAUUUGAUGCAAAACGUUUAAUUGGACGUAAAUUUAAUGAUGAAAAAAUUCAAGCAGACAUCAAACAUUGGCCAUUUAAAGUUGUCAAUGAAUCUGGAAAGCCAAAAAUACAAGUUGAAUAUCGUGGUGAAGUUAAAAAAUUUAAUCCAGAAGAAAUAAGUUCAAUGGUACUUAUUAAAAUGAAAGAAACAGCUGAAGCAUUUCUUGGUGAAAAAGUACGUGAUGCUGUUGUUACAGUACCAGCAUAUUUUAAUGAUUCACAACGUCAAGCUACAAAAGAUGCUGGUGCAAUUGCUGGAUUAAAUGUAUUAAGAAUAAUAAAUGAACCAACUGCUGCUGCAUUAGCAUAUGGUCUUGAUAAAAAUUUAAAAGGUGAAAAAAAUGUACUUAUAUUUGAUCUUGGUGGUGGUACAUUUGAUGUAUCAAUAUUGACAAUUGAUGAAGGUUCAUUAUUCGAGGUAAAAUCAACAGCUGGUGAUACACAUUUAGGUGGUGAAGAUUUUGAUUCAAGAUUGGUUGAUCAUUUGUGUAAAGAAUUUGAAAGAAAAUAUAAAAAAAAUGUUAAAAGUAAUUCAAGAGCAUUAAGAAGAUUAAGAACAGCAGCUGAACGUGCUAAACGUACAUUAUCAUCAAGUACAGAAGCAACUAUUGAAAUUGAUGCUCUUAUUGAUGGUAUUGAUUUUUAUACAAAAAUAUCAAGAGCAAGAUUUGAAGAAUUAUGUGCUGAUUUAUUUAGAUCUACACUUGAACCAGUUGAAAAAGCUCUUGCUGAUGCUAAAAUGGAUAAAAAAUCAAUUCAUGAUGUUGUUCUUGUUGGUGGUUCAACAAGAAUUCCAAAAAUUCAAUCAAUGUUACAAAACUUUUUCUGUGGUAAACAGCUUAAUCUUUCAAUAAACCCCGACGAGGCAGUAGCAUAUGGAGCUGCUGUACAAGCUGCAAUAUUAACUGGUGAAGGUGGUAAAUCAUCAACACUACAAGAUGUACUUCUUGUUGAUGUUGCACCAUUAUCAUUGGGUAUUGAAACUGCUGGAGGAAUGAUGACAAAUAUCAUUGAAAGAAAUGCAAGAAUUCCAUGUAAACAAUCACAAACAUUUACAACAUAUGCUGACAAUCAACCUGGUGUUGGAAUACAAGUUUAUGAAGGUGAAAGAGCAAUGACCAAGGACAAUAAUUUACUUGGUAAAUUUGAAUUAAGUGGCAUAGCACCAGCACCACGUGGAGUACCUAAAAUUGAUGUAACAUUUGAUCUUGAUGCAAAUGGUAUACUUCAUGUAACAGCUAAAGACACAGCAACUGGUCGUUCAAGUAAUGUUACAAUAACCAAUGACAAGGGACGUUUAUCACGUGAAGAAAUUGAUCGUAUGUUGGCAGAGGCUGAAAAAUACAAAGAUCAAGAUAAUCAACAAAAAGAAAAAGUUUCAGCACGUAAUCAAUUGGAGACUUAUAUAUUCUCAGUCAAACAGGCUGUUCAAGAAAGUGCCGCAAAACUCAAUCAAGAUGACAAGGAUCAAGCUACUAAAAUUUGUGAUGAAACACUCAAGUGGCUUGACAACAAUCAACUUGCUGAAAAAGAAGAGUACACUGACAAAUUACAAGAUGUACAAAAAGUAUGCUCAUCAAUUAUGACCAAGAUUCAUCAAGCUGGAAAUAAUCAACAGCCUGGAGCUGGUAAUUCAUCUGGACCAACUGUUGAAGAAGUUGAUUAAACCCAUUUAAAUUCAGAUUAAUAAUUUAAAAAAAAAAAAAAAACUAUAUU